AUGUCCUUCUCAGAGCAUCGAGUAAUCCCACCUCCGCCCCAGAAGCAAGGUCAACAGAGCAGAACUUUCCUCCCACCUCCAAUCGAUGGAUCCCUGAUCGUGCAGCAAAUGUUCGAUUGGCAUCUCCAACAUUCUCCAAACCACCGCGUUUUUGUGUAUGCGCGCGAGGACGGAAGCUUAAGGAACAUUUCCUGGGCCGAGGCAGUCGCAGCCGCGUAUACUUGUGCUCGUUUAAUGAAUAAUCGCAUCCCUCUCAAGGACAAUCCCCCCGUGGUCGCCAUCUUGUCAAUGUCGGAUACCAUUACUUACGCUACUACGGUUAUGGGACUUCAGCGUACCAACUACGUUGUUUUUCCUAUUUCUCCGCGUAAUUCGGCACUUGCUGUUGCACACCUUCUUUACGAGGUGAGGGUGGAACAUGUACUUGUCGGUAGAGAUGAGUCCAUGCAAGUCCUCUCUCAUGAAGCACUCGACAUCUUGAAGUCUCGAUAUCCCUCUGUCGACCUGCCGCAGCUAUCUCCUAUCCCAAUUUUCGAGGACCUCUUUCUGGCGGAUUGGGAGACGCGUACAAAUGCUGAUGAUCUUCCUCUUUUGAGUGUAGAUCCCGGUGCUGCCUGCAUGUACUUGCAUUCCUCCGGCUCAACAGCAUAUCCGAAGCCAAUUCCCUGGACCUGUCAUCGCAUAAUCGAGCACGCCUUAGUCCCAUGGUUCGGUGGAAGAGACUUGUGUGACGUCGUCUUUGCUGUGCAGAGUCUACCCAUGUAUCAUGCUUUGGGCCUCGGGGCAGUUCUUUGGGCGGCAUCAUCGGGAAUAGUGUUAAGUGUAUUUGAACCCAGAAUGCCGGUCAUAUCUCCAACACUGGAUAACAUGUUUGCGUCGGCCAUGGCAAUGAACAGCGACUUCGUAUUUUGCGUUCCGUCCUUCAUAGAAGCCUUAUCUCGCGAACCAGAGUAUAUCGAUUGGUUGUCUACACGUUCUGGUGUGAUUUAUAGCGGGGGACCAUUGAGCAAGGAAGCAGGGGACCUCUUAACAUCUAGAGGUGUUCCUGUCUUUGUUCUUUACGGGACAACUGAAUGUGGUAUCGUGACCCCCAUCUUGCCCACGAAUGCUAGUGACUGCUGGGAUUACUUCGAGUUCACGAAGCUUGCAACGCAGAAGAUGGUGGCACAUGGUCCCGAUUUGUUUGAAUUUGUUGCAGCGAAAAAUGAAUUUAGCGAGCCCUCCAUCAUCAACACGACCGUUGAUGGCGUUGACGGCUUUGCGACAUCAGAUCUCUUCACCCCACACCCCACGAAACCUGGUUACUGGAAAAUCAUUGGGCGAAUAGACGAUCAAAUCCUGAAACUUAUCUGUGCUUCCCGGACGAACCCAGGACCUUUGGAGAAUAUUCUCAAUCAGGAUCCGCAUGUCUCAGCAGCUAUCAUGUUCGGGCGCGGGAAAUAUCAAGUUGGGAUACUCGUUGAACCAGCGCCCCAAUUUUCCUUCGAUCCUGUGGAUGAGAACAAGCUCGCUGAAUUCAGGAAUCUGAUUUGGCCUACGGUUAUCAAGGUUAACCAAUUCGCACCCCAACAUUCGCGUUUAUUCAAAGAAAUGAUAAUCGUGACGAAGCCGGGUCGACCUUUUAUGUAUACAGCGAAGAACACUGUGAGACGUCAAGCCAUUUUGAACGACUAUAGCACAGAAAUCGCGACCUUGUAUGAGACUGUGGAAGACAGCGCACAAGCUGGUAUCUUCCUGCCUUUGGAAUGGGACGACACAUCUACCCUGGAAUUCGUUCGUAAAGUUGUCUUGCAAACUCUUCCCCAUCCGAUCCCCGACAAUGAAGGCCUUUUCCAAUACGGAUGCGAUAGUUUACAGGCCACGCGGAUUCGAAACAUCCUCUUUCAAGCCCUGCGAGAUUCAGCCAAUAUCGAUACCCGCCAAAUCUCGGACGACUUCAUAUACUCUAAUCCGAGUACUACUCAACUGGCGAAGUACCUAGUUUCGGUUGUUCAAGGAGCGCUAAUUCCCAGUGGUGGUGCAGCAUCCAGGGUGGAUGCUAUGCAUAAGAUGGUGCAGAAGUAUUCAACGAACUUUCCGACCAUAUCCGCGGGCCAGUACCACGCACCUACGCCGGAGGUAGGCAAGAUUGUGCUCGUAACGGGUACCACCGGGGACCUCGGGUGCCAUAUCUUAGCGAAUCUUGUCUUGGACGAAACGGUCAAGCACAUAUACGCGGUGAAUAGGCCGGGAGCGGUGCCUGUGAUGAAGCGACAGGAGCAAACGUUUGCCGACCAUGGGCUGGAUGUUAACAUGGAGAAGGUCACCAUGCUUGAAGCUGACCUGUCGGUUGAAACUCGUAUCAUACAUCCUCUGACACAUAUCAUUCACAAUGCAUGGCCUGUGAAUUUCAACCUGAACUUGUCUUCAUUCGAGUCCAAUAUCCGAGGGCUACGCAAGCUGAUUGAUUUAGCCUUAGUUACGCCAGCCCGACUUAUCUACACGAGCUCUAUUGGAGUAUUCCAAAAUGCCCCAGAAGACCAUCCUCUUGCUGAAGUACCUGUCAGCGCCACAGUCGCACAAGGAACAGGAUAUGGCGAGUCCAAGUGGGUUUCGGAGGAACUGCGCUUGACACCGAGUUUACGCUACCUCAUCGUUCGUGUUGGCCAGCUCACGGGAGGACCUAAGGGGACGUGGAAAAUCAACGAAUGGGUUCCGUCCAUGAUCCAGGGCUCCACAGUGCUUGGCUGUCUGCCGGUUGAUGACAAGUUCAUCUCAUGGCUGCCGGUGCACGUAGCCGCACAGCUCCUUGUCGACCGCAUCGACAUUCCGACUUCGAUCUUGCAUCUCGUUCAUCCGAAGCCUGUUACGUGGUCCACUUUAGCUCGCAUCCUCUCAGACGAGUUGAAUGUCAAACUUGUGUCUUGUAAACAUUGGUUACAGGUGUUGGAACAUUCUGCCUUUGACAUGACAACAUUGCCGGCGAAGCGUAUGCUUCCGCACUACAAGAACAGCGCAAAAAAUAUAGGAUUAAGGAAUCGAGAGGCGUUCGGGUUACCUCAGUUGUCUACGACUUCGGUUCAGGACGCGAGAAUUCCGGAACUGGAUGAGAAUGAGGUCAGGAAUUGGGUGCAGUACUGGCGCGGGACGAAGAUGCUUAACUAG